ACCGGGCCCGGCCCCAUUCAUUGCGGCGGCGGCGGGCGGGGGUCCCGGGCUCCGACCAUGGAGGCGCUCAUCCCGGUCAUCAACAAGCUGCAGGACGUGUUCAACACGGUGGGCGCCGAUGUCAUCCAGCUGCCCCAGAUCGUCGUGGUGGGCACGCAGAGCAGCGGAAAGAGCUCGGUGCUGGAGAGCCUGGUCGGCCGGGACCUGCUGCCACGGGGCACCGGCAUCGUCACCCGCAGACCCCUCAUCCUGCAACUCGUGCACGUGGCCCCCGAAGACAAGCGGAAAACUGCGGGUGAAGACAACGACCCUGCCACCUGGAAAAACUCAAGACAGCCCGGCAAAGGGGUGGAAGCAGAAGAAUGGGGUAAAUUUCUUCACACCAAGAAUAAGCUUUACACAGACUUUGAUGAAAUUCGACAAGAAAUUGAAAAUGAGACAGAAAGAAUUUCAGGAAAUAAUAAGGGAGUGAGCCCUGAGCCCAUCCACCUAAAGAUCUUCUCGCCCAACGUCGUCAACCUGACACUUGUGGAUCUUCCAGGAAUGACCAAGGUGCCUGUAGGUGACCAGCCGAAGGACAUCGAGCUACAAAUCCGAGAGCUCAUUCUCCGGUUCAUCAGUAACCCCAACUCCAUCAUCCUCGCGGUCACGGCCGCCAAUACAGACAUGGCCACCUCAGAAGCACUGAAGAUCUCCAGGGAGGUGGAUCCCGAUGGUCGCAGGACCCUGGCUGUGAUUACGAAGCUUGACCUCAUGGAUGCGGGUACCGAUGCCAUGGAUGUUCUGAUGGGACGAGUCAUCCCUGUCAAACUGGGCAUCAUCGGCGUUGUGAACAGGAGCCAGCUGGACAUCAACAAUAAGAAGAGUGUCACGGACUCGAUCCGGGACGAGUACGCAUUCCUUCAGAAGAAGUAUCCAUCUUUGGCAAACAGGAAUGGGACCAAGUACCUCGCCCGCACUCUAAACAGGUUGCUGAUGCAUCACAUCCGAGAUUGCUUACCUGAGUUGAAAACAAGAAUCAACGUUUUGGCUGCCCAGUACCAGUCCCUGCUGAACAGCUAUGGCGAGCCUGUGGGUGACAAAAGUGCCACGUUACUACAGCUCAUCACCAAGUUUGCCACAGAGUACUGUAACACCAUCGAGGGCACAGCCAAGCACAUCGAGACCUCAGAGCUGUGUGGCGGUGCCAGGAUCUGCUACAUUUUCCAUGAGACCUUUGGGCGGACCUUAGAGUCUGUGGAUCCACUGGGUGGCCUGAACACCAUCGACAUCCUGACAGCCAUUAGAAAUGCCACGGGCCCCCGACCUGCACUUUUCGUGCCUGAGGUCUCCUUUGAGCUGUUGGUAAAGCGGCAGAUCAAGCGCCUGGAGGAGCCGAGCCUGAGGUGUGUGGAGCUGGUGCACGAGGAGAUGCAGCGGAUUAUCCAGCACUGCAGCAACUACAGCACACAGGAGUUGCUGCGCUUCCCAAAACUCCACGAUGCCAUUGUUGAAGUGGUGACGUGUCUCCUUCGCAAGCGGCUGCCGGUCACCAACGAGAUGGUCCAUAACUUGGUGGCCAUCGAGCUGGCUUACAUCAACACAAAACACCCCGACUUCGCAGAUGCCUGUGGUCUGAUGAACAAUAAUAUAGAGGAGCAGAGGAGAAAUAGGCUGGCCAGGGAACUGCCUUCAGCCACAUCUCGAGACAAGUCCUCUAAAGCUCCCAGUGCUCUGGCACCUGCUUCCCAGGAGCCCUCCCCUGCUGCUUCUGCCGAGGCCGAUGGCAAGUUAAUUCAGGACAGCAGAAGAGAAACUAAAAAUGUGACACCAGGGGCUGGGGGCGUUGGGGAUGCUGCGCAGGAGCCUGCAGCCGGCAGCUGGCGGGGGAUGCUGAAGUCUUCCAAGGCGGAGGAGCUGCUGGCAGAAGAGAAGUCUAAGCCACUGCCCAUCAUGCCAGCCAGCCCACAGAAGGGCCACGCAGUGAACCUGCUGGAUGUGCCUGUCCCUGUAGCCCGGAAGCUGUCUGCCCGAGAACAGCGCGACUGUGAGGUGAUUGAGCGGCUGAUCAAGUCCUAUUUCCUCAUCGUUAGAAAGAAUAUCCAGGACAGCGUGCCAAAGGCCGUCAUGCACUUCCUGGUGAACCAUGUGAAGGACACACUGCAGAGUGAACUGGUAGGGCAGCUGUACAAGUCCUCACUGCUGGAUGACCUGCUCACUGAGUCCGAGGACAUGGCACAGCGCAGGAAGGAGGCUGCUGACAUGCUGAAGGCCUUACAAGGAGCUGGUCAGAUCAUCGCUGAGAUUCGAGAGACUCAUCUGUGGUGACCACUGGCCUCUGUACCUGCCUGUGGAAAUCUUGUUAGUUGUGGCCUCCCCAAAUAGCGUGUAUUUAUGAACUCCGUGUACUGCAGUGUAUGAAGCUGCUCAUGUCCAGACUGGCUGUCCUGAGAUGUUUACUCUGUACCGCACAACCAAUCACAUAUAACCCAAAUAAUAAAUGGCUGUUUCUAUGGUUUCCCAUAUCUAGACACCAAGCCUGUCUUGUCAGACUGUGAUCUGAACUCAAGAACUAUGUAGUUGUCCCCACUGUCCUGCCCGUGGACAAGACCCUGAGCACCCAUCACUGUCUUCAGGCGUUUCCUCCCCCACCACCCCCACUAGUGGGAGUGAAGCAGCAGCCCCGAGGUUCUGGUCAGAUGCUGCUACCACUGCAUGAUGGAAGCUGUGUGGCCUGCCCCCUUCCCGUGUCCAGAACCCUCUUCAGGGAUGGUUCAUGAGACAACAGCAGUGCCACUGGGCUCUGGACAGCCGCUGAUGGCCACAUCUGCUUGCUCCCAGUAGCGUCUCAUCCUAGCACUGCACUCCAUGGGAUGGCCCGUCACACUGGGUAAUCAGUUUCGGUUAUAUCACCAACCAGAGGCAUCCAAGGCAGGAGGAAGCUGUUCUCCUCAUUCCAGAGCACAGUGCCCAAAGGCCUGCAGAGGGCUGACAGAAAGCACCAGAGGUGAUGAGAACUGGCUCCCUGCCAGAAACCUAGGGAUAGGGAACACGCUACCAUGCACAGCCAGUCUCACCAAUUUUACAUCAAAACAGAUUUAUUCAAUGACUGGAUCGAGUGAUGCCAUUUUAACCUUUCUGAGUCUGAAGGAAAAACUCUGGCCUUUUCUCCAGUACAUCAGUCAGUUCCAUGGAAAAUGUUGGUUUCCAAGCCAGGCUACGGCUGGACAGGUCAGGAAGGAGCAGGACAUACUCGCCUGCAGAAUGUGGGACGACUGUCAUGGACCUGUAUGUUCUCACUGUAAAUAAAACUGCCGUGAAAGACA